UUUCCUUUUCUGGUCACACGCGUCUCGUUCUCGUGUGCAACUCGUCUGCCCAAAACAUACUUCUUCACAACAAUUCUGGUUACAGCUCAGUCAUCACGUUUCCCGUGCGCUCUCCUCCGACCUUCGUGGGCAGUUUGGUUUUACCGCUUUCCAGUCACUCUGUCAAUUCAAUUUCUUCUUGCAACUGGAAUUUCUUUGUAAUUUGAAUCUCCUUAUUUGCUCUGUUUGAUUUGUUGUUUUGGAGGUGAUCUGGAGUUGGAGUUUUAGGCAUGGAGAAGAUGACGGUGUUUAAGAGAUUUUCGCGGAAUUUUCGGGAGAAUAGUUCGCUUGCUAAAGCGUUGGUUGUUUUCACCAUCAGCAGUGGUGGUGGCCUUGUGGCUUAUUCGGAAGCCAGAGCAGAAGAAUUAAGUAAUAUUCCAGACUCUUCUGAGGCUGGUGACAAGAAAAAAAGAGUGGUGGUGCUUGGAACCGGUUGGGCUGGAACAAGUUUCUUAAAGAGCUUGAAAGACCCAUCCUAUGAUGUCCAGGUGAUAUCACCACGUAACUAUUUUGCUUUUACUCCAUUGCUACCAAGUGUGACUUGUGGUACUGUGGAACCCCGAAGCAUAGUGGAACCAAUUCGAAGGAUUGUGAGAAAGAAAAAGGUAGAUGUUCACUAUUGGGAAGCAGAAUGCUUCAAGAUUGAUUCACAAAAUAAAAAAGUUUAUUGCCGGUCCUACCUGGCUGGCUGUCCAACCGACGAAGAGGAGAUUGUUGUAGACUACGACUAUCUUGUGAUUGCCGUUGGGGCUCGUGCAAAUACUUUUAACAUCCCUGGUGUUUCAGAGAACUGCCAUUUUUUGAAGGAAAUAGAAGAUGCUCAAAAAAUUCGUAGGACCAUUGUAGAAUGUUUUGAGCAGGCCAGUUUGCCUAACCUAAGUGAUGAUGAAAGAAAGAAAAUUCUUCAUUUUGUUGUUGUUGGAGGAGGUCCAACCGGCGUUGAAUUUGCAGCAGAGCUUCAUGAUUAUGUGAAUGAAGAUCUAGUGAAGUUGUACCCAAAGGUUAAAGAAGCUGUAAAGAUAACGCUUCUUGAAGCUACUGAUCAUAUUUUGAACAUGUUUGACAAAAGAAUCACAGCUUUUGCCGAGGAUAAGUUUAAAAGGGACGGAAUUGAUAUCAAAACUGGAGCAAUGGUUGUGAAAGUAACAGACAAAGAAAUUUCAACUAAAGAGGUUAAGAAUGGUGGCUUGUCCACUAUGCCAUAUGGAAUGGUUGUCUGGUCAACUGGUAUUGGUACUCGCCCUGUUAUAAUGGAUUUCAUGAAGCAAAUUGGUCAGGGUAAAAGACGUGCUCUAGCAACUGAUGAAUGGCUGCGCGUAGAAGGGUGCGACAGUAUUUAUGCAAUAGGAGACUGUGCCACAAUCAAUCAACGAAGCGUCAUGGAAGACAUUUGGGCAAUAUUUCAAAAAGCAGACAAGGACAACUCUGGAACACUCACUGUCAAGGAAUUCCAAGAAGUGCUUGAUGAUAUAUGUGAAAGAUACCCUCAAGUGGAACUCUAUUUGAAAAAUAAACAAUUGUACAACCUUGUUGAUCUCCUGAAGGAUUCAAGAGGGGAUUCUGUGAAGGAAUCUGUGGAAGUGAAUCUUGACGAAUUUAAAUUGGUCCUUUCCCAGGUGGAUUCUAAAAUGAAAAACCUUCCAGCAACUGCCCAGGUUGCAGCCCAGCAAGGUUCUUAUCUUGCCGACUGUUUCAACCGCAUGGAAAAAUGUGAGAAAAAUCCUGAAGGUCCCCUGCGCUUCAGGGGUGAAGGGCGUCACAGAUUCCGCCCUUUCAGGUACAAACAUUUAGGGCAAUUUGCUCCCUUAGGAGGUGAGCAGACUGCUGCCCAACUCCCCGGAGAUUGGAUUUCGAUCGGCCACAGCACUCAGUGGCUUUGGUAUUCUGUAUAUGCAAGCAAGCUAGUGAGCUGGCGCACAAGAAUGCUGGUGAUAUCAGACUGGAUGAGGCGAUUCAUUUUCGGAAGGGACUCGAGCGGCAUUUAAAAGAAGUCGCGACUUAUUUUUCUUUCAAGGGAUAGCCUCCAACAGCUAAUUUUGGAUGAGAGAGAUGCAAUAAGACAAAUCAAAGAUGGCCAUUUUUUAGUAAGUAAUGGACCAUUUUAUUUCUGUUACGUUGUUUGGUAAGGUGGGGGAUAUAAGUAAUUGCAUUAAUUUCUAUUCCAAUCCCAUUCCCCUUUUGUUUGGGAUUAAUUGAAUGUAGUAUUAGUAUAUGAAUAUGAAUAUGAAUUUGGUGA